AUGUUUUUUGUUGUUCCGCACCGCCUCGAUGAUUCAUCUUUUCUGGGGAACUUCACUAUUUCCAACUUCAUCCUCUGGAAUCGAAAGCGUGUUCUCUUUGUUGCGUUUGGGGAAUUGUCUUUUGUCGUGUGGAGAACUAAGAACAUCAAUUCCAACACUGACUCAAUGGAUCUAGAAUCCGCGAGCCCCCCCGCCUCCGAUGUCGAGGAAGGCAGAACUUGGGGUUCGGAUGCUCGAUCGCCUGUGACUCAAAUGGUCGACGAUGCAAGCAGUGCGCAUUCAACCAGCGACUGCGGUAUCGGCCAUCGCGUCCUGGCGAGCCGCUCCGUCCUCGCUCUGGUUGUCGACGAGCAUUGUGUGUUUGCGGGUCUCCAGGGAGGAGACAUUGUGGCCUGGUCGCUAGAAACAUAUGACCUCGUGCUCUCCGUACACGCACACAAAGAGAGUGUACUUGGUCUCUAUUUGUCCAAUGAUGGCAACCUUCUAUUUUCAAGUGGUGGUGACUCAGUUGUCAAUGUAUGGUCCACAAGGACUUUUGAGCGCCUGUAUUCUAUCCAUUCCCACCAUGACGUGGGCGAUAUUUUCACGGUGGUCUAUUCCUCAAAUAAUCAAACUAUCUACUGUGGAGCCCAGAACACAAGUAUUCAGUGGUGUGAUCUCUCUGAAGAAGGGUCAACGCUCAACCAGGCAUCGUCUGCCCACCUCACAAAGCGGACACAUCGCUUCUUUGAUUCCCGUGGGCCGGAUGGUACGCGUGCCCCAGGAUCAUCGGAUGGUUCUCAUUCUGUCUCCGAUGGUGGUCGCAUGUUGAGCUUCAAGCGGGAUCACCAUAAGCUCUUUGCCCACCAUGGCUACGUCUACUCCAUGUUGCUUGUCAAGGGCUUGGUUGAAUCAGCUCCUUCCGAGGAAGUUCUGUUGACUGGUGCAGGUGAUGGUGCGGUCAAGCUGUGGCGUCUGGGUCAACAGCCUGGAUCUUCUCCGUCUCAGAUUGCCAAGCUGCAAAACAGUGACCCUGUUCUUUCUGUGGCGGUUGAGGGAUCUUUACUCUAUUGUGGUUUGGCAGGCGGUGCUUUGAAUAUAUGGAACUUGGAUUCUCAACAGCUUGUUAAGCGCAUCACCCGGCAUAUUGGGGAUCUGUGGGCUGUGCACGUCAUCCAAGGUGUUGCCAUCUGUGGUGAUUCCAGUGGAACAGUUAAGAAAUUCAAUUCGCGUUUCGAGGAAGUUGGUGGCUGGGUUGCACAUGAGGGUACUAUGCUCGCCUCAGCCACUGGUCGCUUUAAAGACCGCCAAAUCUAUGCCACCGGUGGAAACGACAACUCAGUUGGCAUUUGGGACUUGACCGAAUUCUUUAUGAGUCAAGAAGAUUUACCCCCAAUCAGUAACGAUGAAAUGGUUAAUAGUCUUGCAAAAUUCGUCUCUUAUAAGACCAUUUCAGCAAGUCCCAAAUUUGCUGGCGAAUGCAACCAAGGAGCUGCGUUCCUUCGUCGACACUGCAACUAUCUCGGUGCCAAAACGAAACUAUUAACUACUGGAGAGGAGACAAAUCCAAUCGUCUUUGCCAGAUUCAAUGCCACCUCACCCAACAAGGUUGACAAGACAAUCCUUUUCUACGGCCACUACGACGUUGUUGGAGCUGAGACGAACCGACCCAAGUGGAGAACCGAUCCUUAUCAGCUGACUUCUAUUAACGGCUUCCUGUACGGCCGUGGUGUCUCUGACAAUAAGGGACCUAUUCUGGCGUCUCUUUACGCUGCAGCGGAUCUUGCUAGAACCAAGACCUUGCGGUGCAACGUUGUGUUCCUCAUCGAGGGCGAGGAAGAGUCUGGAUCUCAGGGCUUCCACGAGACCGUGCAUCGACACCACGACCAGAUUGGAUCCGUUGAUUGGGUCUUACUAGCCAAUAGUUACUGGCUUGAUGAUUACAACCCAUGCUUGACUUACGGUCUUCGCGGUGUUGUUCAUGCUAACUUGGUCGUCACAAGCGACCACCCCGAUCUACACAGUGGUAUUGACGGUAGUACCUUGCUAGAUGAGCCAGUCAAGGAUAUCACUAUGCUUUUAUCCACAAUCGUUGGUCGCAAAGGUCAAAUCAACCUACCCGGCUUCCGUGACGCUGUUCGCCCUCUUACGGAUGCCGAGCAGAAACGCUUUGAGGCUAUUGCAGAUGUCCUUCUUCUUCAGCACCCGGAAAUCCCCAACAGCCAAGCGCUUAUCAAGUCGCUCAUGCACCGUUGGCGGGAACCCUCGCUCACUGUUCACUCUGUGGAGGUUCCUGGGAGCAAGAGUCAUACGACAAUCGCCCGACGGGCCAAAGCGACCUUGUCUGUUCGCAUCGUGCCCGAUCAACAAGCAGACGAGGUAGCUGCGAACCUCACAGCUUACGCACAGGAGCAAUUCGCUCUUCUUGACUCGCAAAACGACCUCACCGUGGAAAUCACUGGCAAGUCAGACGCCUGGUUGGGCGACCCGGACAACGAAAUCUUCGCCACUUUGUCAGAGGCCAUCACCGCUGCUUGGAGCCAAAGCCAAGACAAUGUGAAACAUCAGUACCCUCCCGUCCUAGGCUCAAGCAACCAACCAGAAGCCAAGUCCGUCCCAACCAGAGGGCCCAUUCCGACUCUCAUUCGCAAAGAUUCCUCCGAUAGUCUCGCCUCGCAUGUCGAGCGGGUAAUCACCUCAACAACCACCUCUUCUGUCGGCAAAGAAGCGGCCAAACGCGCCGCCCAAACAUCCUCUACCGUCCCAACCUCGUCCACCCUCACACAAGGCACUCCCACAUCUUCAGAAGAAUCAGUCGCCCUACCAAUUCUCACCAAACCCAAAAACGACUCUACUACCGAACAGCCAUCAUCGCCUCGCACCGUGAAACCCAUGUUCAUCCGCGAGGGUGGUUCAAUCCCAACUAUCCGGUUCUUGGAGAAGGAGUUCUCAGCACCUGCUGCUAACCUCCCUUGUGGCCAAGCCAGUGACAAUGCCCACUUGGAUAAUGAGCGCAUGCGUGUGGAGAAUCUUUACAAGAGCCGUGAAAUCUUCCGGUAUGUAUUUGAACAUUUGGUGGACAAAUCAUGA